AUGAAUAUAGAAGAGUACAUCGAUUCCCUUGUACUAAGCAAUACUCUAUCAUCAAACAUGAAUGAAAUAGUGAACAUGAUGGAGAAUAGCGACAUUAAGAAAAUACUUUACAAGCUCAGAACAAAAGAACAGAAGAACACGACGUACAUAAACAGCUUUAUAAACAGCUAUAUUUCGACUAUACCCAUAAACAGCGCACUUUACUACAAGAGCUGCAAAAUUAUCACAGAAAAUACCGACUGUAGCUGCUGCAUUCUUGAUUUAAAUAAGAAAAGCAGUGGAGAAAGCGAGACCGUUAGCAAUCUGUUCACAAUUUUGAACAUGAACAAGAAGAACCCUCUUGUGAUCAAGCCCGUUAUUAGCAAACUAUCGCACCUUCUUAUCUCCAGCAAUGACAUUGCAAACAUCGGCAAUCUUGCCAGCUAUCUGCACAGCAUAGAGCUGUUCUCUGACCUGUACAGCGUAAUUGCGGAGCACAUUCACAUUUUCUACAGCAUUGGAUACUUCUACGAGUCGUACAGACUGAUUUCCUUAUACAGCAAGUUGGCCGUUAAAAACAGCAACAUAAACACGCUGCGUGUGUUCAUCAUGGGAAAGUACUUCCUGUCGAACAACAACUACAGAGGGUUCCUAAAUAGUCUGGAAAUACUGCAAGAGAACGGAAUAAAGGUCUCGCCGCAGCAGGAGCUACUAAAGCUGGUGAAGUACCAAAAAAUAAUCACAGACUACGAUAAACUGAUAGGAUACAAGAGCAAAAACAAGCACGCAGAUAUAAACACAACAUAUCCCGUGGUGUACUCCGUAAAGCAGGAAGACAUAGAGCACUGGAAGUGGUAUGAAUAUGAAAUAUCAAAAAAUAAUUCUGAAAACAGCUCCGAAAACAGCGAUGAAAUUGACGAAAUAAUCAGCAAGAUAACAUUUCUGAGAAAGAACAGACUGAACUACGAGGUGGUUAAUGGAAGUAUACGUGUUCUCCCAGGCAACUCCAAAAACACUUUUAUCGACUACAUCAAUGAGCUCACAGAAAGCCCAAGCGUACCAGAAAGACCAGUAAAAAUCACGAAAGAGGUAGAGAUAGUAGCUAAGGAUAAAGAAGUUAAAGAAACAGUAGAAGUGGUAAAGAAGAAGGUGAAAGAAAGAGUAAAGAUAGUUUUCGAGAGAAAAGAGUAUCUACUAAGAAACUCGAUCAAGUCAUUUUCUAUAAGUGUACUUAGCAAUGAUACAACAGCAGCACUCGCUGUCGUAAACAGUAGGUUUAAGCUGGCUAAAGAAAAACAGCUGAAGAUGCUCAGUGAAAUAGUGGACAGCUACGACAUAGUUAGUAGACUGGUGGAACAGAUAGAAAUAAAGCCAGAAGAGAAAAAACCAAUUGCACCGGAGAUAGAAAUAGUAGAGCAGGAGCCAGUCAAAAAAGAAAGCAUAGCACCAGAAUACACACCAACCUUCAUCAAGAAACUAAAUAGAGAAGUGGAUAGAGAAGUGGCUGCAGAGAGCGAUCUAUACAUUCCGCCCUCACUCAAUGAAAAACCCGCAGGAAGUGUGUUCAUUCCAUCAUUUAAUAAAAGAAAUAGAGAAGACACUAGCACAAAUAGUAAUUACGAGAGCACAGACAGCUACUACACUAACUCUAACAGCACAGCCAAUACGAGCUAUAAUCCUAGCUACAGCAGUGGAUUCAAUAACCUAGUCGACAGCACAGCCAAUACUAGAUACAGUGCAGGUAAUAGUAGUACAGCUAGCCUUAAGAGUAGCACGGGCUAUAAGCCAUCAUUUAAUAAGCGAGGUGCAGCUAGUGAGAUGAGUAAAGAGAGUGAGUAUAAAAACAAGGAGACAGGAUAUAUCCAGUACAAUAGAAGUGCGGCAGAGGACAGUGCGGGAAGCCUCAGUGAGAGAAGAGAGAAGAAGAAGAGCGGAACAGAGUACAGCAGUGGAAAGGAGCACACAUGGAACAGAAAAAAAUAA